UCAUGAUGGAGAAUCAGCCGCCCCUCACAUCACCGGACGGCUCCGAUUUGGAAGACAAAGAAGAUUUGUACAUGUGGGAACCCGUCAAUCCUUCUCCAUCGAGUAUUUCAACGCCUGUAAAUCACAAAGCGUAUACGCCGCCUCCUCCCAAAGGGGAACCCAUUUUGGUGGAGGACGAUACCGAUUUGGACACAGUGACUAUCCCCGCUGGCCAAUCACAGCUCAUGCCUUCUUUUGUUAGGCAGGAACCCUUCCCGUGUCGAGAAGAACUCCUCCGGCACUCGGACCUGUAUUUGGACAUGGAUGACAGCCAUUACGCGGAUAUUCAGAUUAAGGUGGAGUCGGAAAGCCUAUCGGACAUGGAGGAGUACAGCUCGACGGAUAGCCUUCAGUAUCCGUCUAUUCAUAUUAAGGAGGAGUCAAUGUCAUGCGAUGAAGGGAACUUUGAUAGCAUGGAGGGUUAUUAUUUGGAGGAUCCGCCGCAAUACGCGGCCCCUCAUGCGGUGGCUAACGGACCGGCACGCCAUAGAUACACUUCCACGGACUCGGAACGCCAGCAAAGCGCCGCCGUGGCUCAGGAGGCUCCACCUCUUAUAUGUUCAGAGUGCGGCGAAUGGUUUUCCGACGAUUCUAUGCUGGUCUUGCACCAGAUGACCCACAGGGGCAAGAGAAUUUACACCUGUCCCGAGUGCGGCAUGUGCUUCAGCAACAACACCUACCUGACGUUGCACCUGACCACGCACGCCGACAUAAAGCUCUACGCCUGCCGCGAAUGCGGCAAGCGUUUCGCCACCAGGCAGGACUGCGCCAAGCACGAGAACGCCCACACGGUGAGGAAGCCGUACGUCUGCACCGAGUGCGGCAAGGUCUUCUCCAACAACUCCAACCGCGUCCGGCACCAGAAGAUCCACACGGGCGAAAAGCCAUUUUCCUGCUCCGUGUGCGGCAAGAGUUUUCGGCGCAAGACGCAUCUGACCAUACACAGCCGCGUCCACACGGGGGAGAAGCCCUUUGCGUGCCUGGAGUGCGGGAAGUGUUUCAGCUGUAGUGCCCACCUUACCGCCCACCGCCGGAUCCACAGGCGGGAAACCAUCUUUUUAGUAUGAAGGACGGGGGGGGGAGCUGGAGAAGAAGCUUUGGUGCACCAGCAUUAGAGGAAGAAGGAAAGCUCAGGAGGCAUGGCCGACAUGGCAUGCCAACGCCAAGCUUGGCGAAUCUCGGAGAGAUUCCGGAAUAGGAACCAUCACUGGCAGCUUUUUGGGUUGGGAAUUAUAUUUUGAUAAAUCUUAGUCUUGCCUCGCUUCACAGAACCAACGGUCUAUCCCAACCAACUAAGCCAGGGCACAGUUUGUGAAUACCACAGUAGUUGGCGUGGCCAAUACAGACGUGUUUUUUUUUUUACAUCAUACAGCUUUAAGCAAACCUUGAACCUUUUUUAGUUUAUUAUAAUUUAUUUAUUAAAGCGAAAUAAAAAAAACAUGUUAUACUGACCUGCUCUGUGUAACGGUUUUGCACAAAGCAGCCCGAUCCUCCUCUUCUUGGAUCCCCCGCCGGCUGCUCCUGGCGAGUUCCCCCAGAGCUGGCAGCUUGCUAUGGGGGGCACCCGAGCAGACUCGCUCCCAAGCCACUGCUCUGUGUUUCCAUUCACUCACACAGCCGCAGCUCGGCCCCGCCCCGCCCCCCCCUCUCCUUGUUUGCUCACAGGUUGUGAUUGACAGUAGAGAGCGAGCCAAUGGCGCCCGCUGCUCUUUCAGCCAAUGAGGAGGGGUUGUAAAGGUACAAUUUUUUUUUGCCUUUGGCGAUACUUUAAGGGCAUAGAGGAAGGUCCGCUUUACACAUGUCUACCCAACCAGUGAGUGGGAGCAGGAGCCAUUCAAUCCCAACCAGUGAGUGGGGAGGGCGGCGGCUCUCUUGGCUCUCUCUUUCCUCACUGGGCAGAGAGGCAGCAGGAGCCAUUUAAUCCCAACCAAUGAGUGGGGAGGGCGGCGACUCUCUUGGCUCUCUCUUUCCUCACUGGGCAGAGAGGCAGCAGGAGCCAUUUAAUCCCAAUCAGUGAGUGGGGAGGGCGGCGGCUCUCUUGGCUCUCUCUUUCCUCACUGGGCAGAGAGGCAGCAGGAGCCAUUCAAUCCCAACCAGUGAGUGGGGAGGGCGGCGACUCUCUUGGCUCUCGCUUUCCUCACUGGGCAGAGAGGCAGCAGGAGCCAUUUAAUCCCAACCAGUGAGUGGGGAGGGUGGCGGCUCUCUUGGCUCUCUCUUUCCUCACUGGGCAGAGAGGCAGCAGGAGCCAUUCAAUCCCAACCAGUGAGUGGGGAGGGCAGCGACUCUCUUGGCUCUCUCUUUCCUCACUGGGCAGAGAGGCAGCAGGAGCCAUUCAAUCACAACCAGUGAGUGGGGAGGGCGACGGCUCUCUUGGCUCUCUCUUUCCUCACUGGGCAGAGAGGCAGCAGGAGCCAUUCAAUCCCAACCAGUGAGUGGGGAGGGCGGCGACUCUCUUGGCUCUCUCUUUACUCACUGGACAGAGAGGCAGCAGGAGCCAUUCAAUCUCAACCAGUGAGUGGGGAGGGUGGCGACUCUCUUGGCUCUCUCUUUCCUCACUGGGCAGAGAGGCAGCAGGAGCCAUUCAAUCCCAACUAGUAGGUGGGGAGGGCAGCGGCUCUCUUGGCUCUCUCUUUCCUCACUGGGCAGAGAGGCAGCAGGAGCCAUUCAAUCCCAACCAGUGAGUGGGGAGGGCGGCGACUCUCUUGGCUCUCUCUUUCCUCACUGGACAGAGAGGCAGCAGGAGCCAUUCAAUCACAACCAGUGAGUGGGGAGGGCGGCGACUCUCUUGGCUCUCUCUUUCCUCACUGGGCAGAGAGGCAGCAGGAGCCAUUCAAUCACAACCAGUGAGUGGGGAGGGCGGCGGCUCUCUUGGCUCUCUCUUUCCUCACUGGCCAGAGAGGCAGCAGGAGCCAUUCAAUCACAACCAGUGAGUGGGGAGGGCAGCAGCUCUCAUGGCUCUCUCUUUCCUCUCACUGGGCAAAGAGGCAGCAGCAAGAGCCAUUGCUGUCAAUCAGAACCAGUGAGUUGGGGGGGGUCGAGUCAAUGGACACACAGACCACGGUUUGGGGCGAAUACCCCCAUAGCAAUCGGCUUGUUUAGGGGUGCAGGCAGGAGGGAGGAGCCAGGUGUGCCGAUGAAGGACCCUAGAACAGGAGGAUCGGGGCUGCUCUGUGCAUAACCAUUGCACAGAGCAGAGCAGGUACAGUCACUUUAAGGGUCAGUGCAAAGUGAUUUUUCAGUGUUUCCUCAAUGAUGGUCACUUAAAUAUUGAUGAGUUUGGGUGUCCUCCAAACACAUCUCAAGCUGAACUCCGAACUUGCAUUAAUAUUUUACUCUACUGAGCUGUGGGCCAGGUCAAUCCCACCCUGUAGUUCACAUAUAGAAACUUUGGAGCAGGGAUGACCCCGCCUGCAGCUCAUUGGAGUAAAAAAUGUGAGCAAGUUUGGAGUUCAGCUGGAGAUGAGUUCAGAGGACACCCAAGCUCAUCUCUAGAGUUAAACCACUUUGGUUUCUUUUAUCUCUCAGGGUCUCUAUUUGUGAGCUCUCUGUACUUCCUGAUUCUCAGUCCUGCACUUCCUGAUUCUCAGUCCUGCACUUCCUGAUUCUCAGUCCUGCACUUCCUGGUUCUCAGUCCUGCACUUCCUGGUUCUCAGUCCUGCACUUCCAGGUUCUCAGUUCUGCACUUCCAGGUUCUCAGUUCUGCACUUCCAGGUUCUCAGUUCUGCACUUCCUGGUUCUCAGUUCUGCACACCUGCUGUGACCAGAAUUAAGGGGUUCCCACUUUCCCUGCUGGAGUUUUUUAUUGUAUAUUAUGUUAAGAGGAGGUGCUGGAACACACAAAGGUGGGCAGGAGGACCCUAAAUUCCUAGUUGGCCAGGGACAGAGUUGGGAUAUACAGUAGCUCACAAAAGUGAGUACACCCCUCAGAUUUUUGUAAAUAUUUUCUUCUAUCUUUCCAUGUGAC